AUGGUUGUCUUCUCUCGCAUUAUCCAGUCUCCGCUGAUUCAACAUCGAGUGUUCGUCAAUUUUCGAGGAGAGGAAAUCCGACACGGCUUCCUAAGCCACCUUGUUGCCGCCUUUGAACUACACCAGAUAAUUUUUUUCAUUGACAAAGACGAACGAAAAGGAAAAGACUUUACACACCUCUUCAAAAGGAUCGAGGAAUCAAAGAUCGCACUAGCAAUCUUUUCUGAGAGAUAUGCACAAUCCAAAUGGUGUUUGAAUGAACUAGCAAAGAUGAUGAAACUCGCAGAGAAAAACAACUUGACAGUGAUUCCAAUAUUCUACAAGAUGAAGGUAGAUGAUGUGAGACAUCAGAAGGGAGAAUUUGGUCACCACUUUUGGGAGUUGGCAAAGGUUUCAAGUGGUGAGGAAAUUAAGAAGUGGAAAGAAGCUUUGGAGCUUGUUUCCUACAAGAUGGGCUUGACGUUAUAUGACAACAGGUAUUAUACGUGA